AUGUCUGGGUCGUUUUGGAAGUUCGGCCAGGACUACUCCAUGGAGUCCAACGUGUCACAACUGCUGAAUAGAGCGUUCGUCAAGAAACCACCACAGCAGGGUGACGGUGAAGAAAGUGUUUCACCGAAAUCGGAGGAGGAGGUCGAUGACUACGAGCCAAACCUGGAUAUACUGGACGAUCUCGUCGACGACGAGGAGCUCUACACGGAGCUCAUGUGCUCCAAUUUCAAACUGAUCGUGUACUUCAAGUACCCGGCAGUCCUCGAUAAACUCAUCGACUACGUCACAAACGAGAAGUUCCUGAGGGAUUCCCGUGGCGUCGGAAACCUGGUGGAGCCGUCGGAGAACAGCAGCGUCACAGAUCUUAACCAGGAGGUCAUCGUCCUCUCGGAGGAUGAACAGAGGGAUAACUUGCAAUCACUCGAGGAGGAGAGGGAGAGGGAUAACUCGGAUGCAGGGUCAGACGUCUCAGAGGAGACAAGCGUCACUCUGCCCCCGGAGUCAGAGGAGCAAGUAGAGUCCAGGAGGGCGCGGAUGGCCGCGGAGGUCCUCUCAGCGGACGUCUGGCAGAUCUCAACGGCAAUUAUAGACAACCACGCCUUGCUAGACAAGAUCUGGGCCAUGAUCAAUAACCUGGACUCCGAGAUCUCAGUCGUCGUCUCGACCUACUUUAUGAAGAUCAACGAGAGAUUACUCGACACAAAUAUAAAUAAAAUGAUCGCUUUCAUCCUGGAGAAGGGGAACCUCGUAGAUGAGUUCCUCAAACAUAUCGAUAACCCGUCGCUAAUGGAUUUCCUACUGAAAGUGAUCUCGACAGAUAAAGCGGACUCCCCGACAGGGGUGAUCUCUCACCUGAGGGAUCAGGACUUCAUCGGGAAACUACUAGACCUAUUGGAUUCAGAUAAACACGACGACUCGAUACAGUCCGCGGCCGCAGAUUUCAUCAAGGCGUUUGUCACUCUCAGUGCCAAUUCAAACAACGAAAUCUCAAUGGGCAUCGGCCCGAACGAACUCACGAGACAGCUCGUCUCAGAGCAAAUGAUAACACGACUGAUCACAACGAUGCUGAAGGGCGGCACCUCGCUCAGCAACGGUGUCGGCAUCAUCAUCGAGCUGAUCCGCAAGAAUAACUCCGAUUACGAUUUCAUACAGGUGCUGUACACCACUUUGGAGACGCAUCCACCAUGUGACAGAGACCCAAUACAUCUGACGUACCUGAUCAAGAUCUUUGCACAGUACAUGCCGCAAUUCGCAAAAUUGUUGGAGUCCCUAAAGAGGACGGGCAUGUUGACACCGUUUGGGUCCAUCGAACCAUUGGGGUUCGAGAGAUUCAAGAUUUGUGAGUUAGUCGCAGAACUGUUACAUUGCUCUAACAUGACGCUCUUAAAUGAAUCGAACGGUGAAGCCUCCACAAGGCAGAGAGACCUCGUGCGGUUACAAACGUUGUACCCUGAUGAAUACCCAGAGGAGAAAAUUAGUGAAGAACUCGCUAACUUGUCCUUGAAGGACACUACUAAAAGCGAUUCUCAGAAAUUGGGAGCCGAUGCGGGGCGCAAUACUGGCGAACAGAGCUCAGAGGAUUACGAACAAUCGUUGGAGAUAUACCCAAACGAUGUCAUUAGCAAUUCUGAAGAGUUGGAAGCUAAACUACGCGAGUCCAAUAUCCCCGGCGACAACUUAAAGAUUUCACUCCUGGAUACAGGGAUACUCAGAUACAUCAUUGGUAUGUUUUUCAAGUUUGAGUGGAACAAUUUCCUCCAUAACGUUGUCUUCGAUAUCGUGCAGCAAAUCUUCAAUGGACCCUUGAAGUCCGGGUAUAACAGAUUCCUACUGUCGGAUCUGUUGAGUAACGCGAGACUGACGGAUAAAAUCAUCGAGGGUGACUUGAAAUGUAUUGAGUACGAAAAGGAGGAGGGGACCCGUUUGGGCUACAUGGGCCAUCUGACGUUGAUUGCGGAGGAAGUCGCGAAAUUUGUAGAGUACAUCGAUGAAAUGAAGGUCACAUUCUCUGAUUUCGGUAUACUAGACGUACUGACCGAGGAAAAAUGGCAGGAAUUCAUGGAUACGACGCUGGCGGAGACAAGGGAAAAGUAUAACACUGUUCUUGGCGAUUUCGUCAUUGAAGAGGAUGAGGAGGAAAAGGGCAUGCGUGAGGAGGCCAGCGAGCAAGGAAUGCCCCCCGCGGACGGGGAUAUGAACCCGCAAGACGAGGACUUUGACUACUAUCAAGAAAACAUCGAUGGAACCCACAACCAGUACGAUUACAUUGAAAACGAAAAUGAUGAGCACAACCAGGAUACGGAUGACUACUACGAGUAUGAAGAUGCCUCCGGACACAAGACUGUUCUAGACCUAAGUAACAAAGAACAUGAACAGGAAGAUGGCGAGGAGAAUGGCACGGAGAAUGGCGGCGAAAACAAUGAAUACCACGAUUCUGUAGAGGACCCACCGGCUCUGUCUUCUCCGAAACCUUCUCGACCAUACAUCGACAACAUGUAUCGUCAAAACGGUAAUACGCAUAGCGAUGACGACGAGGAUGACUACGUCGAUCCCAACGACGAUGGCCAAUCGUACGCAAAGCCAGAUCACCCGCUGUACAAUGAUUUAAUUCUGCCAACUUCCACGAAACUGCAUGUAAAUUCCGGGACGGACAGUGAUACGGAGAAAAAUGAUGGGACGGACGAUGCAUCGGACGAUGAUUCCGACGGAUCCGACGACGAAAUCGGGUAUUCGCUGUGCAGAUCCGCAACGAUAGAAAACACAGACUUUUCAUCAAACAACAUUUAA